AUGGACGAAGAAAAUAUUCGUCUUCGUGCGACACUUCGUCGAUCGUACUUUCCUGAAAGAGAAACACGCGAUUAUGGUUCCGCAGCAAAUUUUGCAGCUACUAUGAGAAACUACGUGGGAAACUCUGAUUAUUGGGCUGCAUCUUACUUCCGCCGAAUUUCAGCCGAAAUUAUCGACUUCACUAUCUGUAUAUUCCUCAAGCUGUUCGUAGUUCUCGCAUUGAUCGAACUCGACCUUAUAGAUAUUGAACCUUACCACAAAGUGAUUGACGAAGAUCACGAUAUUGUUGAGUUCAUCUUGAUGACUCAAGCGCUACUUCCAAUCGAAGUCUUCUGCAAAAUGCUCUGUGCAGUCCUUGAAGCUCUCGUGAUGGCAGUCAAUAUCGGACCAUGUAAAAAAGGACAAACUCCAGGAAAAUGGAUUGUUGGAAUUCGAGUCAUUAGUGCGGAGAACAUUAUUGAUGCGACCGCCACAAGCAAUCGAUACCUGAUAUAUGAGGCGAAGGACAUCACUCUAAGACAAUCCUUCACACGAGCGUUGAUGAAGAAUAUGAUAAUGAACAGUUUAUUCCCACUAAGCACAUUGGCUUUCAAUCUCAACUCGAGCCGUUCAUUUUACGACAGCUUGAUUAAAACCGUUGUCGUUGCCAGUUAA